AUGCCUUCAAGAGAAGCAUCACCUUCUUUAAUUAAUGGGAAUAAUAAUAACAACAAUCAUCAACAUCAUCAACAACAACAAAAAGAACAAGUGCAAUCACCACAACAAGAACAAUAUUCAAUACUAGAUCUGUCUUCAUCAUCACUAUAUAAAAGUCCAACAACUAAAUUAAAUAGAUUAAAUGUUAAUAAAAACUUAACUAUUCAAGUUCCAAGAAAUGAAGAACAACAAGAUAUACCACUUCAACAUCCAUCUAUAAAAUCUUUAAAUUCUUUAUUAGGUGAACCAUUAAAUUUUGAUAAUUCAAAUAUAUCAUCUUCAAUCACAAAUUCAAUUAAAUCAAUGAGUCCAAAUAAUUUUCCAAGAAUUACCCAAUUACCAACACCUGUUUUAAAAAAUGGUUCAUUUUCAAAUUAUAGUCAUGAUUAUCAACAACAACAACAACAACAACAACAACAAAUUCUAUCAUCACCUCCAAAAGAUAGAUCAAGUAUAGAAUUAUCAAGAGUAAGGCUGAUCCAAUCUCCAAGAGUCAUAUCUGAUUAUAAACCAAUAGCGAGAGUCAAUAGUCUAAAUUCAAAUCAUAAUAAUAACAAUAAUACUAACAAAAGAGUAACAUCAAAUCCAACAACAAUACCUUCUUCAACUUCAAUAAAUUCAACACCGUUUGAUCAACCACACACAAUAGAUUCUCCAAUAACACCAUCAACAUCACCUUUAUUAUCCGAAGAAUCUAAGUUUAUAACUAAAAAGUACUACUCAAAAAGAUUGAAUUUUAAUUUCUCAUUUAAUCGAAUUUUGGGGAAAGGAAAUUUUUCUCAAGUGAUUUUAGCUGAUGGAAUAGCAAUUAAAAUUCUUUCUAUGCCUGAUUCAAAAUCUCAAUUUAUAAAUUUCAAAUCAUUUAUAAUAAGAGAAUUGAGUAUUUUAUAUAAUGUAUCACAUCAUCCAUGUAUUACCUCAUUAUUAGAUUAUACAACCACUUUUCCAAUACAAGAUAUAAAAUCAGGUAUAGAAGAUGAUACUGUCAAGAUAGAAGAAGUGGUUCAUGGAGAUCAAUUAAUAUUUAUGAACUAUUGCCAAGGUGGUAACCUUUUACAAUUCUUGUUAAAUCAUAAUCAAUCCAUGAAUAUAAAUAAUUUAAAUUAUUGGAUUUUGAUGAAGCGUAUCAUUAGCGAAUUAAUUUUGACAACUACUUUUUUACAUAAACAAGAUAUAAUUCAUAGAGAUAUAAAAUUAGAAAAUGUAUUAUUAUUAUAUACAGUUGAAGAAAUUGAUCAAAUUUUUAAUUAUGAUGAAAUAAUGAUAACACCAAUUAUUAAUUUAUCAGAUUUUGGAUUAUCUAAAAAAUUAUCAUCAUCCGAUCAAUUAUUAGAAACAAGAUGUGGAUCAGUAGAUUAUAUAAGUCCUGAAAUUAUAAUGGGAGUACCAUAUAAUGGUAAAUUAACAGAUACUUGGGCAGUUGGAGUUUUGAUUUAUAGUAUUCUUGAAGGUAAUUUACCGUUUAGUAGUAACAAUACUAAUAAAAAUUCAACAAAUACUGGCAUUUCACCAUCUGUUUUAAAAAGAAGAAAUUCUAAAAAAAAUUCAAUAAAUCAUAGAAUAGCAAUGAUUGAUUGGUGUUGGAAUAAUAUUGAUUCAUAUUUAUCAAAUUCUCAAAUAAAUUCAGAAAUUUUAAAUAUUUUCCAAGAUUUAAAACAAUUAGUUGAAAUUAUAUUGGUUAGAAAAGAUCGUAGACCAACAUUAGAUGUAAUAUUAAAUAAUCCUGAUUUUCAAUGGAUUAAAGAAAAUGUACCAAAGGAAUUAUUAGAUUAUAUAUAA